AUGAAAAAUUUCAUUUGGCUAGUCAGCUUCAAAGGAACCAAUGUGUCAUGUGUUUUCUUCAAAUAUUUCAUAUUAUUUAGUACAUGUAAUUUCCAAAAUUCUUCAAGGAUAAUUAUUACAACUUGGAAGUUAAAUGUGCACUCUUCACUCCAUUCGGGUUGCUCCAGUCACCAGUGCAUAUUUUACGGUUGCUUCUACACUUUUUUUGCCAAUGGAAUUCGCUAUAAUCCAAAUAGAAUACUCCAAUUGUACGGCAGUGUUGCCAACUGUAUGAGACGGAAUUCCCACAUAGGCUUUCAGCCGAACUCUUUUUCCACAAAAAAAAAAAUAAAAUAA